UCUUAACAUCAAUAUUAAGUCUCAAGAAUUAAAUAUUAAUAAUAAUAAUCAAGAAACUUUAAGUCAAAUACAAGAACAAGAAUUUGUUGAUAUAAACAAAAAUGAUAUUAUCAAUAUUGAUGAUCAUGAAAAUAUUAUUAAUAUUGAUGAUUAA